CCACGAUCUAUGUGUGUACCGCUUCAUCACAGCGUCAAGUCGGGCAAGAUUGGCUCGAAAAAUCAUGGCAUUCGCGAACGAGAGAUGUUGGACAUUUGCGGGGCCGCUGAGCUCGUCUUUUUGCGUCAGUUUGGCUAUUUCGUAUCUUUGCGGUGUUGGCCAGGACCUCGCGCAGACGCUCAGGCAGCCGACGACCUCCUCGCCAACACGGUCGCCUACGCCGAUGACUCGGACUUCAUCUGUGACGACGACGCGGUCAUGACCAGGAUCAAGGAGGCGGCGCCAGCCGUCUUCGCCCGGUGGGACCUCAAGAUGAAUGAAGACAAGACGGAAGAAACAAAGGUAUUCAGAUCGACGCAGGCCGACGCGCCGACACACGCCGCCUCGCUGGCGUGGCACACGACCAAGAAGCUCGGCAGCCUCCUCGACGACGCGGCCGAUUUGCGCGCCCGGAAGCGACUGACGACAACGGCGUUCAACAACAUGUGGAAGAUCUGGAUGCGGCGAGGCCUCAUCUCGGAAGGCACCCGUGUGCGGCUUUACAAGUGCUACGUGCUCCCGGUCCUUUUGUACAACUGCGGCACGUGGGCCCUGACGCCAACCAGCCUCGCGGGCCUUGACAGCUUCCAUCGCCGGCAGCUGCGUCGGCUGCUCGGGAUCUUCCACCCGAACACGCUUGCCGACGUCGCUCUACACACGCUGUGACAGCGAGCCGUUGAGCACGAUCGUUGCCCGCCAACGUUGGCGCCUUCUAGGCCACGUGCUGCGACUGGGUCGAGACGUCCCGGCCA